GUUUCCAGACUGAAGCAAGCCGUGCCCAGGUCCCUGUAACAGCAGGUGGCUUUCUGACAUCAGCAGAGACUGGUGCUUUUUCCCAGGUACAAAGGACCUCCAGACCAGAGCCAGCCAGCAGCAAAAAGAGCAUGGAGCUGAGGAGUACAGCAGCCCCCAGAGCUGAGGGCUACAGCAACGUGGGCUUCCAGAAUGAAGAAAACUUUCUUGAGAACGAGAACACAUCAGGAAACAACUCAAUAAGAAGCAGAGCUGUGCAAAGCAGGGAGCACACAAACACCAAACAGGAUGAAGAACAGAUCACAGUUGAGCAGGAUUCUCCAAGAAACAGAGAACACAUGGAGGAUGAUGAUGAGGAGAUGCAACAAAAAGGGUGUUUGGAAAGGAGGUAUGACACGGUAUGUGGUUUCUGUAGGAAACACAAAACAACUCUUCGGCACAUCAUCUGGGGCAUUUUAUUAGCAGGUUAUCUGGUUAUGGUGAUUUCGGCCUGUGUGCUGAACUUUCACAGAGCCCUUCCUCUUUUUGUGAUCACCGUGGCUGCCAUCUUCUUUGUUGUCUGGGAUCACCUGAUGGCCAAAUACGAACAUCGAAUUGAUGAGAUGCUGUCUCCUGGCAGAAGGCUUCUAAACAGCCAUUGGUUCUGGCUGAAGUGGGUGAUCUGGAGCUCCCUGGUCCUAGCAGUUAUUUUCUGGUUGGCCUUUGACACUGCCAAAUUGGGUCAACAGCAGCUGGUGUCCUUCGGUGGGCUCAUAAUGUACAUUGUCCUGUUAUUUCUAUUUUCCAAGUACCCAACCAGAGUUUACUGGAGACCUGUCUUAUGGGGAAUCGGGCUACAGUUUCUUCUUGGGCUCUUGAUUCUAAGGACUGACCCUGGAUUUAUAGCUUUUGAUUGGUUGGGCAGACAAGUUCAGACUUUUCUGGAGUACACAGAUGCUGGUGCUUCAUUUGUCUUUGGUGAGAAAUACAAAGACCACUUCUUUGCAUUUAAGGUCCUGCCGAUCGUGGUUUUCUUCAGCACUGUGAUGUCCAUGCUGUACCACCUGGGACUGAUGCAGUGGAUUAUUAGAAAGGUUGGAUGGAUCAUGCUAGUUACUACGGGAUCAUCUCCUAUUGAAUCUGUAGUUGCUUCUGGCAAUAUAUUUGUUGGACAAACGGAGUCUCCACUGCUGGUCCGACCAUAUUUACCUUACAUCACCAAGUCUGAACUCCACGCCAUCAUGACUGCCGGGUUCUCUACCAUUGCUGGAAGCGUCCUAGGUGCAUACAUUUCUUUUGGGGUUCCAUCCUCCCACUUGUUAACAGCGUCAGUUAUGUCAGCACCUGCGUCAUUGGCUGCUGCUAAACUCUUUUGGCCUGAGACAGAAAAACCUAAAAUAACCCUCAAGAAUGCCAUGAAAAUGGAAAGUGGUGAUUCAGGGAAUCUUCUAGAAGCUGCAACACAGGGAGCAUCCUCCUCCAUCUCCCUGGUGGCCAACAUCGCUGUGAAUCUGAUUGCCUUCCUGGCCCUGCUGUCUUUUAUGAAUUCAGCCCUGUCCUGGUUUGGAAACAUGUUUGACUACCCACAGCUGAGUUUUGAGCUAAUCUGCUCCUACAUCUUCAUGCCCUUUUCCUUCAUGAUGGGAAUGGAAUGGCAGGACAGCUUUAUGGUUGCCAGACUCAUAGGUUAUAAGACCUUCUUCAAUGAAUUUGUGGCUUAUGAGCACCUCUCAAAAUGGAUCCACUUGAGGAAAGAAGGUGGACCCAAAUUUGUAAACGGUGUGCAGCAAUAUAUAUCAAUUCGUUCUGAGAUAAUCGCCACUUACGCUCUCUGUGGUUUUGCCAAUAUCGGGUCCCUAGGAAUCGUGAUCGGCGGACUCACAUCCAUGGCUCCUUCCAGAAAGCGUGAUAUCGCCUCGGGGGCAGUGAGAGCUCUGAUUGCGGGGACCGUGGCCUGCUUCAUGACAGCCUGCAUCGCAGGCAUACUCUCCAGCACGCCUGUGGACAUCAACUGCCAUCUUGUUUUAGAGAAUGCCUUCAACUCCACUUUCCCUGGAAACACAACCAAGGUGAUAGCUUGUUGCCAAAGUCUGUUGAGCAGCACUGUUGCCAGGGGUCCUGGUGAAGUCAUCCCAGGAGGAAACCACAGUCUGUAUUCUUUGAAGGGCUGCUGCACAUUGUUGAAUCCAUCGACCUUUAACUGCAAUGGGAUCCCUAAUACAUUUUGAGGUCAGCCACUUCUCCAGUGGAACUCUGAAGUACAGAUGCUGAAUUUUCUGCUUUGGAAAGAAAAAAAAACAAAGCUAUUGUCCACAGAUUGAUGCUUCCAUAAUGGAAUCAGCUUUAAUUGCAAGGAAUGAAGAAAAACAAGAGUGGACCUUCAAAGCUACAACAUUUUCCUCCUCCCCUCCCUCCCCACCAGCCCCUUCCCCACCAAGAACUGCUAUGAUGUCCCAAAGUGAGGUGUUGUUGAUUCCAGUCUCAAUGGGAUUUUCUGACUUUAAUGUUUGCAAGGCAUUUCACCCGAAUACAGCUAUAAAUGGCAGCUCCCAACAACUGGGCUCUGACUCACCCACACCCACUUAGUGUCCACUAAGUAGUCCAGGGUGACUCAGUUUAAGCACAUCUCAGGUGAGGUCACUCUGCAUAUACCUUGGCUUACCUGAAAUAGCCUGAACUUGAAUCUCACAUAAGGGAAAACUAGUCAUCAAUCACCAACUAACUCAUUGACUACCCUCAGGAAGUCCUGCAGAAAUCAAGAGUCCUUGAGGAGAACAUGUGGACCAUACCAAAACCAGGGUUUAAAUCCAUUCUGCUUAAGAGUUCUAUCAUCAGUCAGUUUAACCAUAAAUUACACUACAGAAACAAACAACCCAAAAACCUCAGUGGCUUACAGAUUUAUUUUUCACUCACAUGUUUGUAAUGAUCCAUCUUGGUUGUAAUCCAUAUUGCUUCAGGACCCAGUCUAAAGGAGCAGCCUCUUAGGGGGGCUUGUUGGUCUUAAGAGGGAAAAGAAAGGUGGGAACCACAUGAUGGCUCUUUCAUCUUCCGCUAGGAAAUGAUACCCUUUACUUCCAUGACAUUCCAUUAGCCAAAACAAGUCCUGUGACAGGCACGAUGUCAGUCACCACAGUUAAAUUAUCCUGUCAUAGGGAGGGAUAGUGAAUAUUUUGCAGAAGUAAUAUGAUACACCAUAAGGGUAUAUAAUAUCCAUGUCUCCCUUCAAGGAGCCAUCCUGUUGUAGGCCAUAACGGUAGGCCUAUUCAUCUGCACAUUUGGUAAUGUAUUCCUGGUGACAAAGCAGCUACUCUUCAAUCAAAAGCCGUGUAAGAAGCAGUUGAGGAAAAAAAGUCCUGGUUGAGCUCUGAAAACCUUGCGUUGAUAAUUUCAUUGACCAGGAUGGCAUCAGUAUCAAACUUGAAGAAUGGGUGUCAGUGUCUAAGAAAAAGAUUCCAGAGACAAUGGUGGUGUGCUCUUUAACGAAAUGCCCAUCACCACUGCUCUUAAUAGCAUGAAGACCACAUGCUGUGAGAAAACACAAACAUCAAUUACCAAGUCAAGAAACAGACACUGAAUGUGAAAAAGGUUUUGAAAUACCUUAAGUAAUUUAUUUUAUUUCUAUUUUUCCUUCUGUUUGUGUACAAGAGUAAUUUAAAAGAAAAAUCUAUGUGAAAAUAGUUGGGAUUUUUUGUGUGUUUUGUUUUUUGUGGUGGUGAAGGAGGAGGCCUAAUGUCCAGAGGACUGUUUAUCCCUGAAGUAUGAUAUACUAAAAUAUUUCUCAUUAUUUGUAUCAAUUUUCCUUGGAGCUCAAUGUGCCCUUGCAGUCUUCAGACUUUAUUUUAGGAAAAUAUAUUUGCAUGUUUUCCCCCCA